CAGCGACCUCAGGCGCACCGAGACGCGCAGGGAAGCCGCAGAAACAGCAACUAUGGCGCUGUCAACUGUCCUCGAAACCCCCGGAGCUGGGUUUAAUUUUGAAAACGCGACUAGAAAUGCUGCGUUAGAGGGUCUUUUUAAAGGAGGACAAACCCCAAAACCUCUGAAAACUGGAACCACCAUAGCAGGAGUUGUGUUCAAGGAUGGAGUUGUCCUGGGAGCCGACACAAGAGCCACAUCCAGUGAAGUGGUGGCCGACAAGAUGUGUGAAAAGAUCCAUUUCAUUUCUCCAAACAUGUAUUGCUGUGGAGCAGGAACAGCCGCAGACACAGAGAAAACCACAGAGCUUCUGUCAUCCAACCUCUCCAUCUUCUCCCUGAACAGCGGGAGAAACCCUCGUGUUGUCAUGGCGGUGAACAUACUGCAGGACAUGCUGUACAGGUAUCACGGUCAGAUUGGUGCCAACCUGUUACUGGGAGGAGUGGACUGUACUGGGAACCAUCUGUACACUGUGGGUCCAUAUGGAGAUGUAGAUAAGGUCCCUUAUCUUGCAAUGGGAUCAGGUGAUCUGGCUGCUCUCGCAAUUUUAGAAGACGGGUUCAAACACAAUCUAGAGCUGGAGGAGGCGAAGGAGUUGGUACGAUCGUCCAUCCAUGCAGGCAUCAUGAGUGACCUCGGCUCAGGCAACAACAUCGACGUCUGUGUCAUCACUAAACAAGGAGUGGACUACAUCAGACCCUACCAGGAGUCAGAGUACAAAGAUGACAGGAAAAUGAAUUACAAGUAUCGUCCCGGAACGACGAAGGUCCUGACAGAGAAAGUUGUUCCCUUAAAGCUGGAGGUCGUUCAAGAGACGGUGCAGAAGAUGGAAACAGCCUGAUCUUCAAUAAAACACCAAAAUACAGGAAAUCUCUACAGGCUUUGGAUGUGAUGGUGUAACCAAAGCAUUUCUGAAACAUUGUCUUUCAUUGUCACUGUUUUGUGGAAUAAUUCAAACACUGUAAUGGGCUGCUGCAAGGAUUUAAAUGUGUAAAGGUCAUUAAAUACAGAUACAAAUUUUGAUUACAGAUUG